AUGUCAUCACGCGGCAAGUCGUCGGGCGGUGACUCGGCCAAGACGGCGACCAAGCGGCUCAUCAAGGAGCUCGACGUCUGGCGCAAGGAGCAGCGCGACGAGCAGGGCAUCGAGCGCCUCGGCCCCGUCUCCGAGGACAACCUGCUCGAGUGGGAGGCUGUCAUCAACGGCCGCGGCAUCGGCUGCGGCUACGACGCCGGCCGCUGGCUCCUGAGCAUCUCCGUACCCGCCGCGUACCCCUUGCAGCCGCCCAAGAUGCGCUUCGCCACGCCCAUCGUGCACCCCAACAUUGCGCUCGCGACGGGCGAGAUAUGCCUCGACCUGCUCAAGGACGCGUGGACGCCCGCCUACAGCGUGCUCGAGUGCGUGCGCGCCGUGCGCAUGCUCCUCGGCUGCCCCGAGACCGACUCCCCGCUCAACGUCGACGUCGCCGCCCUGCUGCGCCAGGGCGACGUCCUGGGCACGCGCAAGCUCGUCGAGUGCUGGUGCGCGGACGACGGGGGCCGCUACGACGGGCCUUAG